AUGAAUUUGGGAAAAUCAAUGGAGAAGCAUAACGAUGUUGUGGUAAAACUAGCUAAGCAUGUCAUCACUACCGUCGCAAAGGACUCCAACCUUGUGUUCUCACCAACGUCAAUCAACGUUUUGCUCAGCCUCAUCGCCGCUGGUUCGAAUUCCUCCUCCAAAGAACAAAUUCUCUCAUUUCUCAUGUCACCAUCAACUGAUCACCUCAACGGAAUCUUGACCAAGAUCGUAUCUAUUGCCCUCUCCGAAGGCAGCGAGAGAAGUGAUUUGUGCUUAUCUACGGCUAAUGGUGUCUGGAUCAACAACUCUGUACCUUUGAAAACUUAUUUUAAAGAGCUUUUAGAGAACUCCUACAAAGCCACUUGCAGUCAAGUUGACUUCGCAAAUAAGCCUGCUGAAGUGAUUGAUGAAGUGAAUACAUGGGCUAAAGUACACACCAACGGACUCAUUGAGGAGAUUCUUUCACGCGAUUCUAUCGAGGAUAUCCGUUGCAGCACACUCAUACUUGCAAAUGCAGUGUACUUCAAAGGAGCUUGGAGGGAAAAAUUUGAUGCAAAAUUGACAAAAGAUAACGAGUUUCACCUUCUUGAAGGCACCUCAGUGAAAGUGCCCUUCAUGACCAGUUACAAGGAUCAAUACUUAAGAAGAUAUGAUGGUUUCCAAGUUUUGCGGCUCCCUUACGUAGAAGAUCAACGUCAAUUCUCCAUGUAUAUCUAUCUUCCUAAAGAUAAAGAUGGAUUACCUGCUCUGCUUGAAAAAUUAGGCUCCGAGCCACGGUUUCUUGAUAACCAUAUUCCACUCCACGAUAUAGAAGUGGGUGUCAUCAAAAUUCCAAAGUUUAAGUUCUCUUUCGAGUUUAAAGCUUCAGAUGUUUUGAAGGAUAUGGGGCUGAUUUCACCAUUUACUUCUGGAGGUAAUCUGACUGAGAUGGUCGAUGCGCCUGCCAUCGGUGAAAAGCUAUACGUCUCAAGCAUUCUUCAUAAAGCUUGCAUUGAGGUGGAUGAAGAAGGAACCGAAGCUGCAGCCAUCUCUAUUGGCAUCAUGAUGCCCUUGUGUUUGAGGCGAAAUCCAGAUUUCAUAGCUGACCAUCCAUUUCUAUUCACGGUGAGAGAAGACAAGAGUGGAGUGAUCUUGUUCAUGGGUCAAGUUCUUGAUCCUUCAAAACAUUGA